AUGUCAUCAUAUUUGGAUUUGGGUGGUUGUAGGAAGAGAAGAAGAGGAGGAGAAAAGGUUUUCAAGUUCAAAACCUUUGGUGAGAAUGGUUGUCCAGUUGAGUUUGAUGGGUCAUUUAGGGAUAAUGUCAAAGCACUUGUUGAAUAUGGGCAUUUAGAGGUUAAUCUCUGCGGCAAUGGGGUUUUUAGCUGGUCUUUUCAGCUUGAAGUCCAUCGUCAUCCUCCUUUGCAUGUAGUGUUGUUUAUUGUUGAAGAACAAAUCCAGGCAUCUUCAUCAUCAUCUAUCAACCUUCAUUGCAAGCAUUGUCAAUAUGUUGGCUGGGGGCACCAUAUGAUGUGCAAUAAGAAGUAUCAUUUUCUGCUACCAUCUAAAGACACUGUAGCUGCUUGUUUCAACUGUGAUGAAACCAGCUUUGAUGACCCAAAUCCAGAGAAGGGUAAGUUCAAUUUAGUGGAAUUAAAAGGCCAUAUAAUGCAUGGUGUGUUUCAUUCUAAUGGAUUUGGGCAUUUACUAUGUGUCAAUGGCAUGGAGAUGGGUUCGGAUCAAUUGGCUGGAUAUCAGAUUAUGGAAUUCUGGGAUCGUUUAUGUACUGGUUUGCAAGCCAGGAAAGUGAGUUUAAAUGAUUCCUCAAAGAAACGAGGUAUGGAAUUGAGGUUGCUUUAUGGAGUAGCAUAUGGUCAUCCCUGGUUCGGUCGUUGGGGAUACAAAUUCGGACGAGGAUGUUAUGGCAUAAACCAACCGAUUUAUCAAAAAGCCAUUGAAGCAAUCCAGGGGAUACCUUUGUGCUUGCUAAAUCAUCAUCUCAGCAUUUCAAAUAAUGACAUUUCAGUCAUUUUCUCUAGGUAUCAAGCAUUGUCUGACCAUUCCAUGGUGACCCUCGGCGACCUGUUUCAUUUCAUGUUGGAGUUGAGGUCAAGACUUCCGAAAGAAAAUUCGAUUGAUUCAUGUAACCCUGCAACAGUAGAGACUAACUGCCGAUGGUCACCGAAGAGAGUUGAAGCGGCCACUCGGGUCAUCGUUGAAGCUCUAAAAAACGCCGAGUUCAGGUGGGUUUCGAGGCAAGAAGUAAGGGAUGCUGCAAGAGCUUAUAUUGGUGACACAGGGUUGCUAGAUUUUGUUCUCAAAUCACUUGGGAAUCACAUAGUGGGGAACUACUUGGUUCGUCGUUGCUUAAAUCCAGUAACUAAAGUGCUAGAAUAUUGCUUGGAAGAUAUUUCCACUGUGUUUCCCAACUCGGAAGCCCUCAUUAUAAACAAUUCAAAAGCAAAGCCUAGAUGUAAGAUCACAAAGGUUCAACUAAUGAAGGACAUUGCAUAUUUAUACAAGCAUAUCCUGAAAGAUCAAAAGCCAACAUUGAGUACAGGGGUUUUUUCAGCAAUACCAAUGGCAACCCGGAUAAUUCUCGACACUAAAUUCCUUGUCAAAGAAUAUACGGAAGAGCUUUCCAUGAAGGGCAACUCAAACUGCUCGAAUGGGAAAACAUUCAAGCUCUUGUGUACAGUUAUAUCGAAAAGUGAUGAGAUAGAUGAAGAGUUGAAGAAGCCGUUGCCCCCAUACGAGUCUGUAUGCUUAAAAGAAAACGCUACGUUUGAUGAACUCAAACAAGAGGUGCAGAAGAAUUUCAGGGAAGUGUAUUGGAGGCUGAGGAGUUUCGUUGUGGAAACAAUAGUGAAUUUGAGUGUGAAAGGAUUGGAUUUGGUGAUGGGGUCAGUCGAAAUGGGUCAGAAACUUGUUUUCAUUGGCAGCAACGAAGAUCAGAUAGGGAUGGACGACGGAGGUGGGUCAGGGAUUGUGGAUUGCCUUUGUGGAGCUAAAGAGGAUGAUGGUGAAAGGUUGAUAUCGUGUGAUAUUUGUGAAGUUUGGCAACAUACAAGGUGUGUUAGGAUUCCAAAUAAUGAAGAAAUCCCACAUGUUUUCCUCUGCAAACAAUGUGAGGAAAAGAUUGUGUUCUUGUCUUCUUUACCCUAAAAUUAACCAUACGGAUACAUGUUCCUUAAGAAUAGUUUAUGUAAGCUUUGUUAUCAUGCUUGGCUAAUGCCAAUGCCCCUUUAAAUAAUAUAAAAAAAUGGGUU